AUGGCAGGUUCUGGCAGUGUGCAGCAUCCGAACGGCGUACCUAAUGGCGCAAGCCAUACGCGAAUAGGCCCAUCACUUCCUACACUUGAUAGGCUGGGCAUUAAAGACCUGGCGGUGAAGUCCAUCAACCCCCAACGCGUAGCCUCUCUAUGGUUCCAGACCUUUUCGCAUCACGUCCAGUCCGGGGAUGUCGACGGCAUUGUAUCCCUAUUCAUCGAGGACUCAUUCUGGAGGGACCUACUCGUUCUUACUUGGGACUUCCGGUCUUUCCACAGAACUUCAAAUAUCAGGCAGUUCUUGCUUGAUCGCCUUGCUAUUACCAAACCGUCCUCGUUCCGGCUGGAGGAGGACAGGACGGAACUGGAGCAGCCAUAUCCCGAUCUGAUGUGGAUUCAAGGUUUGUUCAGGUUCGAGACAUCAUUCGGCUUUGCAUCUGGGGUGUUCCGACUCGUACCCACACCUUCGGCAGCAAAUUCAGACCAGCUGGUAUGGAAAGCGCAUGUUGUCCUUACCAAUCUGGAAGACCUCAAGGGGCACCCGGAGCGUAUUGGUCCAUACCGCGAGCCGAAUCCGAACCAUGGAAAGUGGACCGAGCAGAGACGUAGAGAAGUUGACUUCGUUGACCGGGACCCGUCCGUAAUCAUAGUAGGGGGAGGGCAGAAUGGACUGGGAGUCGCUGCUAGGCUGAAGUACCUGGGGAUUAGUGCGCUAGUCGUGGAGAAACUUCCGAAGGUAGGCGAUAAUUGGCGGACGCGAUACGAGGCUCUAUGUCUUCAUGAUCCGAUCUGGUACGACCAUAUGCCUUACUUACAGUUUCCGCCGACGUGGCCAGUCUUCACUCCUGCACGCAAGUUGGCGGACUGGCUAGAAGCAUAUGCCCAUUCUCUCGAGCUGAAUAUCUGGACAUCCUCGAAUGUCACGAAGGUGGAGCAGGACGGUACCACGAAGAAAUGGGCAGUGACAAUCCAACGGGGCGAAACUGGUGAAGAAAGGUCGUUCAAGGUAGAUCAUCUAAUCUUCGCCUUCGGGUUUGGAGGAGGACUUCCUCGGAUGCCGAAGUAUCCUGGAAUGGACGAGUUCCAGGGCAAGGUCAUCCAUUCAUCUCAGCAUAAGACUGCCGAAGAUCACAUUGGCAAGAAAGUCGUUGUGGUCGGGGCGUGUACUUCGGCGCACGAUAUUUGCUCCGAACAUGUCGAGCGCGGAGUCGAUAUCACUAUGUUCCAAAGGAGUCCGACAUAUGUAAUGAGCACGAAGGAGGGAAUACCACGGUUACUCGGUUCAUUGUACUCGGAAACUGGGCCACCAUUGGAUAUUGCAGACAGGAUUAAUGCAUCGUUCCCCAAUCCAUUCUUGAAGGAGUUCCAGAAGAGAGUAACGAAGGAAAUAGCUGAAGCCGACAAAGACAUCAUUGAGGGACUUACGAAGAGGGGCUUCAAGCUCACCUGGGGUGAGGAGGGGUCCGGCGCCCUCGGCUUAGUCUGGACGAAAGCGGGAGGCUAUUACUAUGACGUAGGAGCAAGCUGCAUGAUUAUUGACGGCAGGAUUAAGCUAAAGAACGACAGUCUCAUUGAGAGGUUUACCAAGACCAGCAUCAAGUUUGAGGAUGGGAGUGAGCUUGAGUGUGAUGUGGUAAUCUUUGCGACUGGUUUUGACGAUGCCAGAGAUGCCGUUAUCCGAGUAUUAGGAAGUGAUUACAAGGAGAAAUUGAAACCUUUAUGGGGCCUGGGCAAAGAUGGUGAGCUGAAUGGAGUAUGGAGAGACUUCGGGGUGCCGAACCUGUGGUAUCUGAUGGGGAACCUAGCCGUCUGUCGAUUCUACUCGAAGCAUAUGGCCCUUCGUAAGUUAAAGUAUUGA